ACAUUAACGAAUGCCAACAAUCUCCCUCUGUCUGUCAUUCCCUGGCAAAAUGUUCUGACACUGAAGGAUCGUUUUCUUGUCAAUGUGAUAGCGGAUUCACUGGAGAUGGUAUUGUCAAUUGUACAGGUAUACAUGGAAACGUCACCUAUUUAGCAUAUUUGAGCGAAACCCAACGGAAAUUCUUAACAGAAAUUCGGCUAAAUUUAAUAAACAUGAACCACGGCAUCCGUUGAGCUGUUUGGUCAACCAGGCUCGCCGCUAACGGAGAAUUGUUCCAUACACUAUGCAAUGCAUGCAUGCCUGCAGGGCGGCUCCCGUUAACUGUAUAUUAGUAUAUUUAGUAUUCGUAUAAUUUUAAUUCACGCUUUUUCAUAAAAGUUUCAAUAAUUUUGUUUCGAUUUUUACGUAUUUUGUGAUAAAUAUGUAUUUCGUGACCGAUAGAUUAUUUGAAAUCUGUGGAUUUUCGUUAUAGUCAUAGAGGUCAAAUAAUGGAAACAAAGUUAUAUGCAAUCUCGUUCCCCGAACCUGCGAUCCUCGGGAAGGAACGUGAGGCUCUGGGAUAAUCCGUUUCAGGGAGGAAUCUGAUUAGCUGUUGAAAUGGAAUGCAUAGUUCAAUCUUAGCCAGGAUUCCUGGCUUCCGGCAACGGAUUAUCCCAGAGCCUCGCGUUUCUUCCCGAGGAUCGCAAGCUCGAGCUCGGGGAACGAGAUUGAGUUAUAUGCAAUAAUGGACAAAUCAUGCAGCCAGUUCUAGUAGACGCGGGCGGAGGACUGCAAACUAAAGUCUAAUUUGGAGUGGCCUUAGCGAGUAGUUUUGUACAUUUUAGUGAGUUCGAUUAACUCGGCUUGUUAUUAUAGCUGUAUUUUUCGCAACUGCUCCUGGUAAUCUAAAGAUGCAUAUAAUUUCCACUCAAACUUUUCAUCUGCAAAAAGCCCUUCGAAAUAUUUUGCAAAUUGUUUGUGUCAGCUUGACAAAAGAAUCUGUGAUAGAGAAUAAAUUCAAUUUUUGAAACAUGUUGACGUUGCUUUAAUGAUUUUCAUUAUUCCUGAUGUAGAUGAGAAAGGUGGCACAAGCGAAGACAAAACAAUCUUCUUUGUGAUUGCUGGCGCCGCUGCUGUGUUCAUCUUGAUUAUCAGUGUAGCAAUCUACCAUCGCAUAAAACGACACCGAACCCACAGAGACGCCAAACUCAGGACCAGAAUACUUCACACAAGCGACAAAAAGCCCCAAAGAAUUGCAUUCCAGCCAACUGGUCAAGGUAGUAGCGAAGAGAUAGAUCUGGAAUUGUUGGAUAACGAGGCUAUUCAUGAUCUUGAAGAGAAAAUCAAAAUAAAGCCUUGA